GGCAGUAGCUCCUCGCUGAAAGUCAAUACACCUGUAACGCGUCCUCGCUAAAUUAGUUUAGUCCUCUCUUUAGAGCUUAAAUUAACGUCGAACAUGGACGCUGAGUCUAUAGAAGAGAAGGUGAAAACCGACCUUCAUUCGCUUGAUAAUAACUCCUCCGCCUUGAGGACCAGCGAUGUGUACAGGGUGAAUAAAAAUCUCCCAAACCGUUUCAACCAUCCUGACAGCUUCAGAUACAGUAAGAAGACAGUCCAUCCACUGUACCAAACAAGCAACCAGGUUUAUGGAAGUAAGAAGCCUACCGUUCAUGAAAUGCCAAUAACCUUCCAUGGAAGUCACAGGAAGUUUUCCGAGCACAUUCUGAAGAGCGGGAUGUACAGAGAUAACGGCUUCAACACAUCGCUGGAAAAGAGCCGAAUCUCAGGGCCAAGCACCAUCGCAGUGCUCCACGACAGGAUCAUCUUCCACCAGUCAUACCACAUUGAGGGAAAUGAGCAGCCUGAGGCUAAUGUGGCCUAAAUGUGGUAUUGCUAAUGUCAUGAUGUAAAUAAAAAUGUAAUAAACACAUUUAAUACAAUGUCACCUUGUAGUCGUCAUACACAGGAUAUGCCCUCAGUAGACACUUUAUUAGGUACAACUCAGGGAUGUGGGAUAUGAGGGUUGUUGAGGGGGCUGCAGCAUUUCUAGCAUUUCCAUUUUAGCAUUUCCACUGUUUAGCUAAAUAAUAAAGAGAAAAGAAAUGAACUGAGCUUAGUAAAGACCUUUGUGUGCUUGUUUCAGGCUGGAGUUCAUAUUUUGAUUUUGCUUUAUUUAAAGCUGUAUGCAAAAGUUUGGUUCCUACAGAGAACCAACUUGUACACAUUUUAAUGCACAGUUGAUGUUUAUUAGCUGAGUUCAACAUAUUGUUCAACAUAUAAAAUGUGGCUUGUACAAAGGUUAAGUCUUAUUUUUUCCAAAGCUCUACAAAUAAAUAGAAAUUAUACAUUACAAUUUACAGACUAUAUCAUAUUCUUUUCAGUGAUGUAUUUAAGUCUCUGUGCACUGUUUAUCUCUGGAAUCUCUGGUGACCGGUCAACUCAUUCACACAAAGUUCAAACAGAAUGAGAGAAUCAGCUGUUUGAUGUGUCAGUUAUACGGAUAUAUUGUCUCUUUUCCCUUUUUAGUAAAUUACGCAUAUCUAUUUAAUCCACAUUCCAUUUUGUUUGCAUGACAUCACCGUGUACGUCAUGCAUAUCAUUGCUGCCCAAAAAAACAACAAAAAAAAAACAACAACAAAGAAACGCCAAGUAUAUCCAAAAUGGAAUCUGGAAAAA